UUCCUCACCAACUUGCUUGCACAAUCAAUCAAUCUUCCAUAAAUUUAUUUAACACGCCUCCAUAAUUAUCAUACUAUAAAUACUCCAUAACACAGCAUCUAUUGUUUCAUAUAAUUUUGCCAACACAAACCAUAUUCAUUCCUAUAGUACUACAUACUAGUCCUUAUUGUUAAUCUAAUAGAGUAUAUUGCUUUCUUGUUAUAGAAAUUCAAUUCGUACCGUUCGCAAUUCUAGGGUUUUUUUUGUUGUGAAGAAUAUAUAAUUAACAUGAGGAGGGACAUGAUGGAAUUUGAGCGUGUUCUUAGUUAUUUUGAUGAAGAUGGUGACGGAAAGAUUUCACCCAACGAGUUAAGGAGUCGAAUGGUGAAGAUUGGUGGAGAGUUUGAAUUGAAAGAAGCGGAAAUUGCAAUUGAGUCAUUGGAUUCUGAUGGUGAUGGUUUAUUGAGUUUGGAGGAUUUGAUAAAGCUUAUGGAAUCUGGGUGUGAGGAUGAGAAAUUGAAGGAUUUGAAGGAAGCAUUUGAAAUGUAUGAUAAUGAAGGGUGUGGCGUCAUAACACCAAAGAGUUUGAAGAGAAUGUUGAAAAAAUUGGGAGAUUCUUCAAAGUCCAUAGAAGAUUGUAAGUUGAUGAUUGGAAGGUUUGAUUUGAAUGGGGAUGGUGUGCUUAGUUUUGAAGAAUUCAGAAUCAUGAUGGAGUGACUAUGUUGCUGUGUCUAUAGACUAGUCUGGGUUUCAUUCAUUCUUUUGUUCAUUGUUUUGUACAUUCUUUUGAUUUUUGUGUAUUGUUAAAAUAUUUGAUAACAGAAGAUAAAAUAUAAAAGAGAGGUAAAGUUUUGUUUUA